AGAUGCACACCACCAUAAAGGGGGGAAAUCUGAUACUGAUGCAAAGAAGAAGAAAGGAAAAAAGGAUGAUCCGCAGCUUCCGAAAAAGGAAAUCCCAAGGAAAGGUCUGAAGAACAUGUCCAGGAUGUUUAUGAAGUUUUCUGGCUUCAAGAGGCGCAGGAACAGCAGGAAGAAGCUGAAAAGUACAUCGCGUUUGUUCCUGGGGUUGGGGAAAAGAAAGUUCCGACUUGCUAAGAAGAAACGCCGCAAGUCCAUGCUGAAGAACACCUCUCGAUUCAUGAUGAGGUUUAAGGCCAGCAAAAAGAGGAAAAAGGAGAAAGAGGCCAAAGAAAAGGCGGCACAAAAUGGGGGGAAGAAGCCAACUUACAUGCUGCUUCGUCUUGGAGGAGGGAGAGAAUCAAAUGAGAAGAAGGGGGGUUUCUUUAAAAACUUAUUUGGAAAAAAGAGUGGUGAUGGGCCUCCUGACGACUUCAAGAACAGAAGUAUGUUGCUGGGUAAGGUUGCAGCAGCAACUAACUGGCUGACCAAACGCUUCCUGUCCACUAAAAUGCGAGGAAAUGCAGGACACCAUGGCUGGGGUGGACGAAGAGAACAUAGCCGACAAGCCAGCUCCAGAGGUCAUCUUCAUGGUCACUAUAACAAUGGUUAUGAACAUGGGGAGGAGGCUUAUGGAUACGACCAGCGACAUUCAGUCCGCCACAAAGGGUAUGGAGGAUAUGAUGAUGGUUAUGGUGGUUAUGGAGAUGAGGCAGCUGCAGCAUAUGGAAGCGAGGGUCAGUAUGGUUACUAUGACAAUGGAGCAGGGGCAGCAGACUAUCAGGACCUGGGUUACUAUGAGGAAGAAGGACUCUAUGAUCCAAAUGCAGAAUAUUAUGAACGUGGUCUUUAUGAUGAUGGCAUGGGGGACUACUACAACCCUUAUCCCCCUGCCCAAGGCUACUAUAACAACCAGGAAGCUGAUUACUAUGGUUACCAGCAACAACAGGAAAUGGCAAUGUAUGGUGACGAGGGUUUGGACUACUAUGCACUAAUGGGUGAGGACCAUAUGUAUGGAGGAGAGGUUGAUGGAUUCCUUCACCCUCAGGCUCAGGGUUAUUAUGAUGAAAAUGGUCAGGGAGUUUACUACGAUGACGGACAAGGGGGUUACUUUGACAAUGGACAGGCAGGUCUUUAUGGGGUCCCUUAUGCAGCAACUAUGGGAAUGCAAGGGGGAUUUCCACCAGACUAUCAACUUAGUUAUAGUGAUGCUGGCAUGCCCUACCAAGACUACAGCUCCCAGCAGGUCACUGGAUUCCCAGCAGGAGGCCAGCAAGUCUUUGACUUGGGAGGGCAAGGGAUACAGGGCCUAUAUGGGGACCAGUAUGCAGACCAGUAUGAUCAAUAUGGAGAUGAUCCUGGUGGAGUUCAGGGAGGGGAAAUGACAUUUAGAGUUCCGAGACCUCAAGUACGCCUUUUUGGAAAAGAGCGUCUAGAUGUGCCCAUGCCUCCUCCACCAACGUUGCCACCUGAUCCAGAAUUUGAAGGCAUGUCAGAAAUCCAGUAUGAAGACCAGAAUCCUCUUGCACCAGGGCAAUUUGGUGACAUGAUGGCAAUACAGCAGCAAAUGGGAAUGUCACCACAACAACAAAUGAUGAUGUCCCCUCAAGAACAAAUGAUGAUGCCCCCCCAAAUAAUGUCACCGCAGCAACAAAUGAUGUCACCACAGCAGCAGAUGAUGCCCCAGCAAAUGAUGUCACCACAGCAGCAGAUGAUGUCACAACAAAUUAUGUCACCACAAGAGCAGAUGAUGUUACAACAAGAACAGAGUAUGUCCGCUCAAUUGAUGCCAUCUGAGAUUCUGUCACCACAGCAACAAAUGAUGAUGUCCCCUCAAGAACAAAUGAUGAUUCCCCCACAGAUAAUGUCACCACAGCAACAGAUGAUGGCACCACAGCAACAACAGAUGUUACCACAGCAACAGAUGAUGCCCCAGCAAGUGAUGUCACCACAGCAGCAGAUGAUGUCACAACAAAUGAUGUCACCACAAGAGCAGAUGAUGUUGCCACAGCAACAGAUGAUGUCUCCUCAAGUGAUUCCACCACAGCAGCAGAUGAUGACAGACCCAAUGAUGAUGUCACAGCAACAGGGUUAUGGCCCUAUGAUCCCCACUCCAACUGCCAUGAUUAUUAAGCAAGCAAGUAUGUCCCCCCUUCCUGCGCGCCGCCUGCAACCCUCUCCAACGCCAUCCCGCCGCUCUGUCAUCAUGCCCUCCCCAAUUAUGCAACGCCAUCCCAUGGCCUCCCCAGUACCUUCUCCUAUGCUUCCACAGAGACGCAGCCCCUCCCCACAACCAUCCAUGAGGAGUGGGCUCAUUAAUGCCCAGAGACCCCCCUCUGUUAUGUCAAGACGAAUCUCACCUCCUACCUCCCCCAUGGCUUCCCCCCACGCCCGUCGUAGAAUGCAACUGCAGAGAUCACCAUCUCCCCUGGCUAGAGGGCCCUCACCCCCUCACUCUCCUCGUGCCUCCAUGAUCCGGCGAAGUCCUCCUCCUUCACCAAGAGCUUCAAUGAUACAGCGUUCUCCACCUUCCUCUCCCCGUGGUUCCAUGAGGAGGCGAAGUCCCCCAGCCUCACCCACUCCAGCAUGUAGCCCGUUUGGAGGGAGAAAGAUACGUGGUCCUCUCUCGCCUCCCCUCUCCCCUGGUCAUGCAUCUCGACCUCAUUCUCCACAGCUCAGUAGAAGACCAUCUCCCUCUCCCUCCCUAUCUCGUCGAAGUUUGUCCCCUGCUGGGCCUCGGCCUGCCCCAUCAUCUCCGACCCUCUCUCGUCGCUCAACUCGGCUGCUCAGGGACCCCACACCAUUGGCCCGGCCUAGGAUGGGGGGAAAUGUUCCCUUAGGUACUGUCAGGCCCUCGCCUAUGGGUCUCAGAGGGCGCCCAGUACCCCCACCCACCCAGAAUGUGCGUCCAUUCCGUGCCUCCUCCAUACGGAGCAAUAGGUCUUCUGUUCUCACAGUGGACUCCUCUCUCCUCUCGUCUCCUUUUCACUCUCCUCACAUGGUCCACCGUGCUCCCCUGGGAAGGAGAGAAUCCGGCCAAUUUCCUCCUCGCCCCGUGGCUCGAGGUCGUCCCCUCAUGGCCCAGCAGUCCAUAAGGAGGAUGCCUCCUGCCUCUCCACAGCCCUCUCUUAAACACAUGUCACAUCCUGCAUCCCCACGUCUCUCUCCUCGGCUUUCUCGUCAGUCCUCGCCCCUCCUGCCCCCUCAGUCUGCCCAUCCACCCGUUUAUGCACCAGAAGCUUAUGUGUCUGGCCCCUAUGCUGAUCCUUAUACUGAGCACUCGACCCAUCAGUUUGUCGCCCCCUCUUCUCCCAUGUUAUCUCGUGCUAUGCGGAACCAGUCUAUUCGACAGGCCUCUUUUGCUUCUCCCUUUGGCCCAGAGCCAGCCCAGGUGGUAGACAUGGGCGGGAUGGUUACCGAAUAUGUAGAACCUUAUGCUCCUUCAUCCCCUACUCUUUCUGGUGCAAUGCAAAACCAGGUAAUUCGGGAUGCAUCCUAUCUUUCCUCACUGCCAAGAUCAGUGUCACCUUAUGAGCAGCCUGUAGCUCCUUCAUCUCCCAUGCUGUCUGGUGCUCUGCAAAAUCAAGCAAUACGAGGUGCAUCCUAUACUUCUCCUUUACCAAGGCCAAUGUCCCCUUAUGAGCAGCCUAUGCCCCCUGCUUCCCCAUUGCUGUCAGGAGCUCUGCAAAACCAGGCAGUGAGAGAAGCCUCCUAUGUAUCUCCUCUUCAAAGGCCUCAGUCUCCAUAUGCCCCAUCUGCUCCUUCAUCUCCAAUGCUUUCUGGAGCCAUGAGACAUGGUCAGGCACUAAGGGGUGUGGCUUCUUAUCAAACUCCACACCUCCGUCCACCAUACGGACCAACUGUUGUUACUCCAUAUGAUUAUAUCUCUGAGCCUGGCCCAUUACCACUGCUUCAUGAUGCCCUUCAGAACCGGUCUAAUUUGCAGAAUGUCUCAUCUUUAAGAUCCCCUAUGAUGCAACGCCGUAACCCUUAUGCACCAGCUGGGCCUCAGCUCCAUAGUGCUCUUCAGCAGAACCCAAACCUUCGCCAUGCAUCUUAUCAGACACCUAUGCAACUCAGACGGUCUCCAUAUGGACCCCAACCACCAUCUUCACCAAUGUUAGGAAGUGCCCUGCAAAACCCGCAGUUGAUGCAAGCAUCAUACCGGCUGCCAGAUGGAACCUUGGUGUCACCAUAUGCAAGUUCACCAUCGUCCCCAAUGCUCGGCCGUGCCUUGCAAAAUCAACAAGUCCGUGGAGCCUCAUAUACCUUGCCUGAUGGAUCAAUUAUAAGGGACCCACGUCUCCCCCAGAAGCCCAUGUCCCCUAACCUUUCCAGAGCUCUUCAGAACCAGGAUCUCAAGGCUGCUUCAUAUACUCUCCCUGAUGGCACCAUUAUAGACCCGAGACAGCAACAACCUAUUUCCCCAAACCUGGCUAAGGCCCUAAACAACCCAGCUCUGCGUGAUGCCUCCUAUUCACUCCCCGAUGGUACUAUUGUGAUUGACCCCAAGAAACCGAAGUCCCCAAACCUUGCAGCAGCUCUUCAGAACCCUUACCUGAAAAGUGCAUCUUACACCCUGCCUGAUGGGACUAUCAUCAUCGAUCCACGGAAACCUGUAUCUCCAGACCUCGCUGGCGCCCUUCAAAACUCACCCCUGCGGAACGCCUCCUUCACACUACCAGAAGGGGUUCAGGACCCCAAUACACCCAUUUCACCAAACCUGGCUAAGGCCCUCAGUAACCCAGCCUUGAAAGGAGCUUCAUACACCCUCCCAGAUGGUACCAUUAUAGUGGACCCAAGGAAACCUAAGACCCCCAACCUGGCAGCUGCCCUGCAGAAUCCCUAUCUAAAGAAUGUGUCCUACACCCUGCCUGAUGGAACCAUCAUCAUUGACCCACGGAAACCAGUUGGCCCGGACCUGUCUAAAGCUCUUAUGAAUGAAAACCUUCGUAGUGCAUCGUACCGCCUCCCUGAUGGCACCCUGGUUAUCCCUGGCCAGAAGCCCAACCUUACAUCUGCCCUGAGGCGAAACCAGGCACUUCGGUCUGCAGGUCUCUAUCAUCUAACAGAAGAUUCUGUACUGUCAGGCGCACCAAAACCUACCCCUCCAAACCUCGCCUCUGCGCUGCGGAAAGAGGAAUUCCGUGGUGCCAAUUUCAGGCUGCCGGAUGGCUCUGUUCUCACACGUCGCUUCCAGAUCCCAAGUCUGUCUGAAGCCGUCCAAAACCAGCAGCUUCGCUAUGCUUCGUAUAGGGUGCCAACAGGCCUGCAGGGUGAGGAUAAUCGCUAUGCUGUGGUUCCACCCUAUGGGCCGCGCUCAGGACACUGGGCCAGGAAUGCCCAAGGAGGAGGGGAGGGAGGGGAAGACGUUUGGGCAGCUGAGAGGGUUUUACCACAUGGGACGGUCCAGAAUCUUUCAAAGUGGUCCAUGUACAGAGAAGACGGGGUGUUAGAAGGAUAUUCACCAACACCUCGAUUUGCAGACGGACAGCCUAAGGACAUAGACUGGACUCCUGACAGAGAUAGAGUACCCGGUCAAAGCUGGUAUGACAAGAUCUACUCUAUCCUAAGCAUGCCCACAACAGGCCACAGGGUGAAACGCUGGGCGGAGGGAAUGGAGGACAUGACACAACUGCCUGAGCUGAAUGAGACCACAGUUCUGAUGAACCUGAAGAAGCGCUAUGACCAGGAACUGAUAUAUACCUACAUAGGCAGCAUCCUUGUGUCCGUGAAUCCCUACAAGUUGCUCAACGUGUAUGGCACAGACAUGGUGCUUCAGUAUGCUGGUCGCGGCCUGAGCGACAACCCUCCUCAUCUUUUUGCCAUUGCUAAUCUCUCAUAUACCACCAUGAUGGAUGCCAAAAAGGAGCAGUGUAUUGUGAUCAGCGGAGAAAGUGGGUCAGGAAAGACUGAGGCUACUAAACUGAUCCUGCGUUACUUGACAGCCAUACAUCACAAAUGCAACGUCUCACAACAGAUCCUAGAGGCCACACCCCUGCUGGAGUCUUUUGGGAAUGCCAAAACAGUGCGCAAUGACAACUCUUCACGCUUUGGCAAAUACACGCAGAUCUACAUGGAGGAGGGUGUAAUCAGCGGUGCCAUAACGUCUCAGUACCUGCUGGAGAAGUCCCGCAUUGUCUUUCAGGCCAAAUCGGAGCGGAACUAUCACAUCUUCUAUGAGAUGUUGGCAGGUCUUCCCCCUAAUGAGAAGAGCUCACUGUAUCUGCAGGAAGCUGAGACGUACUACUAUCUGAAUCAGGGAGGGGAUUGUACCAUAGAGGGCAAGGAUGAUGGGGAGGACUUCAGGCGUCUGCUGAAUGCCAUGGACAUCCUGUGUUUCACUCCAGAGGAGCAGAACGGCAUCUACAGACUGCUGUCCUCUGUCCUUCAUCUGGGGAACGUCUACUUCCAGCCACACCAGGCUGAGGGUCAGGAGGUCGCCUCGGUGGUGAGCGCGCAGGAGAUCAGGGUGGUAGCCGAGCUGCUGCAAGUCUCACCUGACGGCUUGCAGAAGGCUGUCACCUUCAAAAUGACAGAUACAGUAAGAGAGAAGAUCUUCACUCCGCUCACAGUUGAGAAUGCUGUGGAUGCCAGAGAUGCCGUUGCCAAGAUCCUGUACUCGCUGCUGUUUAGUUGGCUGACAGAGCGCAUCAACGGACGGGUCUACCCUCGCAACGAAGCCCUCUCCAUCUCCAUAUUGGACAUCUAUGGAUUUGAGGAGCUACAGGUGAACAGCUUUGAGCAGCUGUGCAUCAACUACGCCAAUGAAACUUUGCAGUUCUUCUUUAACAGGGUCAUCUUCCAGGAGGAGCAGGAGGAGUACAUGCGGGAGCAGAUCGAGUGGCAGCAGCAGCCCUUCAGCCACAACCAGGCCUGUCUCGACCUCAUUGCUGCUAAGCCCCACGGGAUCCUGCGCAUACUGGAUGAUCAGUGCGGUUUCCCUCAGGCAACCGACCACACCUUCCUUCAGAAGUGCCACUAUCACCAUGGAAACAACCCGCUAUAUGCCAGGCCAAAGAUGCCGCUGCCAGAGUUCACCUUGAAACACUAUGCUGGGAAAGUCACAUACCAGGUGCACAAAUUCUUGGAUAAGAACUUCGACACGGUCCGACAGGAUGUUUUAGACCUCUUCAUCCAGAGCAAGAACAAAAUGGUGUCCAGCCUCUUCUUGAAGCACUCAGAGUCUGGGUCACAGCAGCGGUCAAAUGUGCGGCGCAGCAGUACGGCUCGUCGUUAUCAGGCCAACACAGUCAGUGCAAAGUUCCAGAGCAGUCUGCAGGAGCUGGUGGAGAAGAUGGAAAGGUGUAACCCUUAUUUUGUGCGAUGCAUCAAGCCAAACCAUCAUAAGGAGCCAGGAGUGUUUGACAUGGAGCUGGUCAACACUCAGCUACAUUACUCUGGCAUCAUGGAGACCAUCCAUAUCAGGAAGGAGGGUUAUCCAAUCAGACUGCACUUUCACAGCUUCCUAAAAAGGUAUAAGGCCCUGCUUUGCCUGGAGGAUCCUCCACCUGCAGACGGAGAAAACUGUGUCGCCAUGCUCCACAAGCUCGCUCCAGUUAAGAGCGGCUCAUAUCAGCUGGGAGUCAGUAAGAUUUUCCUGAAAGAGGAACUGUAUCAGCUGUUGGAGGGGAAGCGUGACCGUGUGCUGAACAUCGCUGCCAUGACGCUGCAGAGGUACACCCGUGCGUGUAUGAUCCGAAAGAAGUUUGCCAAGUUGCGACUGCGUGUGACCAUGUUUGAAGCUCGCUGCAGAGGCUACCUGGCCAGAAAAAAGUUUGUUCAGAGGAGGAAGUACCUCAUCCGGCUCCGUUCUGCUGUGCUGCUCAUCGUCAACCGCCACCGUUACAUGAGGACAGUGGUGGAGCCUGCAAGGAAGGCAGAGGAGGAUCGCAUCAACAGAGAAGUGGUUAAUGUGACAACGCUGCCUAUCCCUGCUGAGCUGGCAGUUCUGCUACAGGCAGCCUCAGGUGGUGAAGAGCUGCAUUCUGAUUGCUUGGCGGUGGUCCAGGCUCCAAAGGUUCAGGUUGACCCCCAACUGACCCUGCCCCUGGAUAUCAACAACUACCUCAUGACACACUACAUCCGGGCCAUAUUUAGGGAGCCGUUGCUUGGGAUGCUGACUGCCCCACUGGAGAGUUCACUGAUUCGAAUGGAUGAGGAGCUGAAACAAGGAGCCCUGAACGUUUUCAUUCUGAUACUAAGAUUUAUGGGCGAUCCAAACUUGAAUGGGGCUCAGGAGAAUCUGUUUGGGAACUAUAUCAUCCAGAGGGGACUUGCCAAUCCCAGCCUGCGAGAUGAAAUCCUGGCUCAGGUAGUCAAUCAGGUGUGGAGGAAUCCUAACAUUUUGAAUUCAGAGCGUGGUUGGCUCCUCCUGUCCUCCUGUCUCUCUGCCUUCCUGCCCUCUCAAAGGCUGGCCAAGUACUUACUGAAGUUUGUGUCUGACUACGGCCCAGAGGGCUACGACUGUGUGUGUCAACACCGUCUGCUUCAAGCUCUGCAGCGGCUGAAUGUCGGUCCAGAGUAUAUCCGAACGUACCCACCCUGUCUACUAGAGUGGACCGCCAAUCGCAAAAGAGCUCACACUGUUCUGCACAUUCACUGUUUCGAUGGUGUGUCGUUUUUGUGUCCUCUGCACUCCUGGACAACAGGAGAAGAAAUGGCCAAAGACAUCUUACAACACAGGGGUGUGCUGGAGGGCCGUCGAGGCUGGUCAGUGCUUCUAAAGGAGCCGGCUCAGUGGGUGGAGCUGGAGGGCUCCGACUAUGUUCUGGACUUGAUGUCAGACCUGGAGCUUCCUGCCGACUUCCCCAAACACAGCAGCUAUUUCAUCAUCUCUGCACAGGAGCCAACCAGAGUGCGGCCUAAUGCCAGCAUAAACCUGUUGGGUGGUGGGUUUGACACGAAGGAUGAUGUUAUAUCUUCAGUCUUAAAUGGCUCUGAUGGACGAGACUUUGAGCCUCAGAGAGGGAUGGAUCGUUAUCUGGACAGCCUGUUUGACCCUGUACUGUCUGAAGGAACCGGAGAACUAGAUUCAGUUGCAGCACUGUCCAGCAGAAUGAAGGGUGCUGGAGGAGUUGGAGGAGGCUCCCAACCUCCACCUGGGGCUGUGAGAGUCCUUCCCGUGGGAGGCGUGAUGUCACCUCCUGUUGCUGCAGUGGCACCUGUAACACCUGAUGCCCAGCAGGCUGUUUUGGACCAGCAGCAGCAGGCGAUCGUGAACCAGCAGGCCAUCAUCAUGGCCCAGCAGAUGACCAUGCAGGCCAUGGCCAUGGUCGGCAGCCCAGUGACCAGCCCCCCCACCUCUCCAAUCACAAGCCCUCCCAUGAGCCCGCUGCUCCACCACCCUCCCAGCCCCUAUGCUCCUGCCAGCCCCUAUGCUGUCAUACCCCCAAGUCCAUACGCUAACAUCCCACCCAGCCCCUAUGCCAACUUCACUCCUACUCCCUUUGCUGCAGCAGACAUCCCACCCAGGCAUCCCUAUCCUCCCCCUGCUCGACUGGAACAAACUCCAUCGCACCUUCAAGAUCAGCCUGCGGAGUCCCAGUCUCGGCCCGGAGCUCAGCCUCAGCCUCAGGCCCAAACUAACAAAACUGAGCCAGCACAGCCUAAAGCUAAUCCUGCUUCACGGGUUCAGUCAGGGAAGGACAGCGUCUCUCGGAGGAAGGCUCCGGGCAUCCCCGUAAACAAGGACGCACCCGCCAGGAAGUUUGCCCCAGUUGUGACGUCUCCUCCGCCCCCUGCUGGAGAGGUGGUGAAGUACUCAGUUCAGACUAUAGAUCAUGUUGUCCCCAGCCAAGAUAUCCAAGAAAUCAUCAAAAGGUACAACUCCCCGCCUCCAGCGCCAGAGCUGCUGCCACAUGAGAAGAGGAGACCAGAAGGGAAGUUUAAAAAGAAGCAAACCCCUCGGGAUGAAGCUUUACAGAUCCUCAAACCGCAGAUGGACAACCCUCCUGCUCCCCAGCCCAAGCGUCCUGUUGCCCCCUCACCAUCUGCGUCUGCAAUAAAGGAGGCGGGAUUCAAACCAAUCAAAGCCACGAAGACCAGAGCACCUGACCGUCCUCCCCCCCUACCUCCUCCAGUUUCUCGAGAGCUUCCUGUAGAGACCGAGACAAUCCAGACACAGCUUCAUCAGAGAACCAAUGAAGAGCACUACACCUACACCAACGUUCCCUGGAGACUGUACCUCAGGAAGGAGGUUUUUUAUCCUAAAGACAGCUUCAACAAUCCUCUGGUGCUGGAUCUCAUUUUCAAGCAGAUAGUGAACGACACUCUGUCAGAGGCAUGUGUUCGCAUCACCCGGGAUGAAAGGCAGAAAAUGAAGGCUCUUUUCGCCAAACAUGGGGUGGAACAGAAUAUGGAUCCGGUGGAGGAGCAUGUGAAGAAAACAAUCGUGACGGCUGCCAGAGAGACCUGGGAAAUAUACUUCUCCCGUCUGUUCCCUGCAUCGGGUAGUGUAGGAACAGGUGUGCAGGUGCUGUCAGUGUCCCACAGCGGUAUAAAGCUGUUGAAGACUGUAAAAAGCAGCGCUGCAGCUCCAGACUACUUCAGAGUCCUACGGCCUUACACCUAUGCAGACAUCCUGUUUGUCACCAUCCCCUCUGAGAACAUGCUGGAGUUUAAUCUGACCAACGAGAAACUGAUCCUGUUCUCAGCCAAGGCCCCUCAAGUCAAACAUCUCAUAGACACAUUCAUCAAUGAGAUCAAAAAGGACUCAGAUUAUGUGAUUGCAGAGCGAAACUUUGUGACCGACGACCGCUCGAUGCUCACUUUUCACAAAGGUGACGUCAUCAGGCUACAGGUUAUGGACGGGCUGGAGAAGGGUUACAGUUACGGCUGUGUGGUGAGGAAGAAGGUGGUGUAUUUGGAGGAGCUGAAAAGAGAAACUCAAGACUUUGGUUGGAAGUUUGGUGCCGUGUUCGGCCGCUCCGGUGCGUUCCCGGCUGAGUGUGUCCAUCCCGUCGCUCCUCCUGACUUCCUGUCGCUGCCACUGGACCGCAAGUCAGAGCCUCGAGGGGGAGCGGGACAGUUUGCUGUGUCAUCAGCCGUCGCUGUUGCCGUGGCGUCCACCAUGGCAGCACACGAGAUAGAUCAAACAAUUGAGAAGGUUUCCCUUGACGGCUUUGCUGAAGGAGAUCUGGAUGAGAGGGCCCUGCAGGACAGUAAAUAUGACAUGUUGGAGUUCGCCAAGAAGUACUUCAGACAGGGAAACAACAUGAAGGGAGAUUCCCUGAAGAGCAAAAGCAAGAACAGAGACUCCAGAGAGCCGACUGAGAUGAUCAAGUUCUCCAAGACUCCUCUGACUGAGUCUCUGAUAGAGUUUACAGACCCAGCCAUGAACAGAGUGGCAGCUGAUCUCUUCCUGUCGGUGAUGCGUUUCAUGGGUGACUCUCCAUCAAGAGGAUCAACAGAACAGGAAGUGGUCAGCAAUUUCCUUAAGCUCAUAGGAGAGUUCACCUUGAUGAGGGAUGAGGCUUACUGCCAACUCAUCAAACAGCUUACGGCUAACACCAGCUCCAAACCUGAUAGUUGCCAACGAGGCUGGAGGCUGCUGUACAUCCUGACCGCUUUCCAUCGCUGCUCUGAAGUCCUCAAGCCCUUUCUGCUCAAGAACCUGCAGCAGGCGUCUCGUAGCGCCGGGGCUCAGUAUCAGGGUAUCGCUAAGGCAUGUGAGCAGAACCUGAAGAAGACGUUCCAGUACGGAGGCCGCACUGUUUCACCCAACAGCAUGGAGCUGAAGGCUGUGAUGGCGGGCCGCAGUUCAAAACGUCAGCUGUUUCUCUUUCCUGGAGGCAUUGAACGUCACGUGAAAAUCAAAACGUGUUCAAUUGCCCUGGAGGUGAUUGAGGAGCUGUGUUAUGAGAUGGGUUUACACAAACUGGAGGCCAUGGAAGAAUAUGCCAUAUUUUUAGUCACCAAUAGAGGUCAGAAUGUGCGUCCUCUGAACAAACACGAGUACAUCCUGGAUGUUGCAACAGAAGCUGAGUUAAUCGACACCAACUACAGCUUCUGGUUCAGACGAGUUGUCUGGACUCAGCCACUCAAGUUUGACAAUGAGCUCUGUGUCGCGAUGCACUAUAACCAGAUCCUGCCAGACUACCGUAAAGGCCUGCUUAACGUUCUUCCACAUGGAAAAGUGAGCGAUCAACAGUUCCACCAGAUUUCCAAACUGGCAGCUUUGCAGCACAGAGCCAAAGACAUCAUCUUCAUCCCCAGCAUACAUGAAUUAUCGGAGUACAUCGCCACACCUCUGUUCAAAAAGCAGCCACCCCAGCAGUGGGUUACCAUGGUGACGCAGCACAUGCAGCAAGUGCAGACUCUGAACCCGCACCAGGCCAGAGCACAGUUUCUGGGGCUCAUCAGUGCAUUCCCCAUGUUUGGCUCCUCGUUCUUCUACAUCCACAGCAGCAGCUCCACCACCUUCUACGCCCCCUGUAUUGUUGCUGUCAAUCAACAUGGCCUCCACUUCCUGCAUAAAAAUACACAUGAGCUGAUGUCAGUGGUCCCCCUGGUGGAGGUGCAGUCCAGCCGCACCCAGAGGCCCACUGCUGGAACGAGUUACCCGUAUGUAGACCUGACCCUGGGGGACAUGGACACACAGCGGGUCAUUCAGCUGCAGCUGGAGCAGGGCUUGGAGUUGUGUCAAGUCAUCGCCAUGCAGGUGGAAAACAUGAUGUCCGUGCGGGAGAGAAGACUCACCCUGCCACCCAGCGAAAUCACCAUGUUAUAACACAUGGUCACACUACAUUAUACGCACAAUU